AUGAAAAUGGUUUCGAGCACAGGAAGAAGCAAAUGGGUCUGUGUGUUUGUGCUGCUAUUGGCUCAUUCAGCUACUGUACUGGCAGAUGAUGACGAGACGACACCGGUACCCACUCUUUCUCGUUGCAUAAGAGAAGACCGUCAUGAUCAUAAUCCGAAAGCAGAGAGAAAACAAAAAACUUUUCUUGGGUGGUGUGAGGAUCGGCGCAGGCAGGUGAAGAAAAAGAAGGCGCCAAACCGAAAAAGGGUAGGCCCCGGCAACGCGCUUAUCGCGGUAUCUUGGGCUUUUAAGAUUGCGAUGGGACGAGUCCCAUGCCAUGAGCUGUGUCUACUAACCAACGGUGAUUUCGAGGCCCUUCCGUCUGGAGGCUUCUCCAACGAAGGAAUUAUAGACGGGCCCACCUCAAUUCCCAGCUGGAAAUCAAACGGCACCGUUGAGCUCGUCGCGUCAGGGCAAAAACAGGGUGCGAUGAUCCUCAUCGUACCACAGGGUGCACACGCAGUGAGACUCGGCAAUGACGCUGAGAUCAGUCAACAGGUCAAACUCGAAAAGGGCUCAGUUUAUUCCGUCACGUUCAGUGCGGCUCGCACUUGCGCUCAGCUAGAGUCACUGAACGUGUCGAUUCCUCCUGCGUCACAGACCAUUGACUUGCAGACUGUGUACAGUGUUCAGGGGUGGGAUUCGUACGCGUGUGCCUUUCAGGCGGAGGAGGAUGAUGUUCAGGUGGUUUUAAGAAAUCCUGGCAUGGAGGAUGACCCCACUUGUGGACCCAUUAUUGAUGAUAUUGCUAUCAAGAAGCUUUUCGUUCCUGGCAAGCCCAAAGAUAAUGCAGUACUCAAUGGUGACUUUGAAGAAGGAGCAUGGAUGUUCAGAAAUGAAUCACUAGGUGUCUUACUUCCCACCAACCUCGAUGAAGAAACCUCCUCAUUGCCUGGUUGGAUAGUUGAAUCGAACAGGGCAGUACGUUACAUCGACUCCUACCAUUUCUCUGUCCCACAAGGCAAACGAGCCAUCGAAUUGCUCUCUGGUAAGGAAGGCAUAAUCUCCCAAAUGGUUGAAACCAAAUCCAACAAGCCAUAUAGAUUGACAUUUGCUUUAGGACAUGCUGGGGAUAAAUGCAAACUACCACUUGCAGUCAUGGCCUUUGCUGGGGAUCAAGCACAAAACAUCCACUACACACCCAAUGCUAACUCCACCUUCCAGACUGCUAGCCUGAACUUCACUGCCAGGGCUGAGAGGACGCGGGUGGCAUUCUAUAGUGUCUAUUACAAUACCCGGAGUGAUGAUAUGAUCUCUUUGUGUGGACCUGUGGUGGAUGAUGUAAGGGUAGAACAGUCAGGGUCUAUUAGAAAUGGACUUGUUGGAUUGGGGGUGAUGUUGGGUUUAGGGUUUUGGCUGUGUUUUUUGGUUCUGGUUUAAGUUUAGGUUGAGGUGGUUGUUGUUGUUUAUAUAAGCUGCAAGUGUUGUGUAUGGUUUUGGCAUGGGAGUUUUGGUAAACCAAGCCCCUGCUUCUAAGUUGUAUGUGAGGUUUGGGAUUCAAUCUAUCUAUGAGAAUGAAAGUGGUAGUGAUUUUGGUUUAUAGAUAGCCUUUUAUUGAAAACGUCUG